GGCUUGGCUGCUAGCUUUAUUUUAAAGCGGAAUUAAAUAAAAAAUAGCAGUAAAACAACGUCUAAUCAAGUGAAAAUUACUAUUACAGCACCUUCAUUCUUGUGCAAUGAUAUUGUCGAUAUAAAUUCCAGUUUUCCGUGAUAAUCUUUGUUUAACCGGCAUCUGUGCACCAUGUCCGAUUCGUCGUGUUAUAUCUUGGAUAAUGGAGCUUAUACAGCCAAAGUGGGCUUCUCCACGCUCGAGCCAAAGGUUGUGCCUAACUGCAUCAUGAAAGCCAAGUCCGAAAGGCGUCGCCCGUUCAUAGGAUCUCAGAUAGACGAUUGCCGGGACGCUUCUGGCCUUUUUUACAUUUUACCAUUCCAAAAAGGGUUUUUAAUUAACUGGGACACGCAGAAAACUGUCUGGGACUACAUUUUCAGUAAAGAAUGCUGUCCAGUGAACUUCAACGAAGUUCCAUUGAUUAUUACGGAGCCUUUGUUUAAUUUCUCUUCAAUUCAGGAAGCCAUGACUGAGAUUUUCUUUGAAGAAUACGAAUGUCAGACACUCUUGAGGAUAAACGGGACAGAUUUAGCUGAUUAUAAGUAUAGGAAGACACAUAAUAAUGACUGCACAGUUAUUGUAGACUCGGGUUAUAGUUUUACAUAUAUUGUUCCAUAUAUCAAAGGAAAGAAGUUUAAAGAAGGUAUAAUUAGGAUAGAUAUUGGUGGUAAAGUGUUGACGAAUCAUUUGAAGGAGAUUGUGUCGUAUCGGCAGUUGAAUGUGCUGGAUGAGACGUAUGUUAUCAAUCAGGUGAAGGAGGACUCUUGCUUCGUGUCGGAAGAUUUUAUGAGGGACAUGGCUAUAGCUAAAGACAAAGGCUCAAAGAACACAAUAAUCAAGGACUAUGUGCUCCCCGACUACACAAGCAUCCGGCGCGGCUACCUGCGCGACGUGGUGAAGUCUGACGAGGAUUUGGAGCAGCAGACCCUGAGGCUCAAUAAUGAGAGAUUCACUAUCCCUGAGCUACUGUUCCAUCCGUCAGAUGUCGGCAUCCCCCAAAUGGGCAUACCUGAAGCGAUCAUGCACUCCAUCGACCUGUGUCCUGAAGAACACAAGGAAAGCCUCCUCGCCAACAUCCUGCUCUACGGAGGCAACACUCUCUUCCCUGGCUUCAGAGACCGAGUGUACAACGACGUCCGCUCAUUCGCUUUAGACCACUUCGAUGUCAAUGUAACGCUAGCUGAUAACCCUUUGACGUACGCUUGGGAAGGAGGCAAGGAGAUAUUUAGAGAUACGGAGUUUUAUUCGUUCUGUGUUACGAAGGAGGAGUAUGAUGAGGAGGGGAAAGCGCUCGCGUUUGAGCGGUUCGAUAUAUAGCGGUCGAAGCGAGCGCGGCGGGAGACCGUCGCCUCGUGAAAAACAAGAAAAAGUUAUAACUAGGACCCUGAGGUCCUACCGCGAAAAACAAAAAUCGAAAUUUCGUUAUCUGUCUCUCUAUCACUCGAAUAUACAAGAGCAAUGCGAUAGGCAGAUAACGAUACGAUGUCUAAAAUACAAAUCACAAUUUUAUAGGCGUAAACUGGCAACAUUGUUGCAAUUGACAUUUGCUUGACCAAUGAGGGGCCGCCUUUUUGACCAGUGUUUCCAGUUUAGAAUUGUAAAAUCCUAUAUAACAAAAUUGGGCCUAGGUAAAAAUAAUAAAAAUAGCAUGUUGAAAAAAAAUCUUAAAGUACUGGAAGAAUUAGGCCAUGUGUAAGUUGGACUUGCACAUCGAGAGUUUCAUACUGUAACGUAAUUUUUAUACCUACCUUACAAAGCCAAAUUUCAAUGAAAUAUGAGAUUUGUAAAAUGUAUCAUUCUAGAACAGUGUAAUUAAAAUUACAUGCCUUUCAAAAAGCCGAACUCUUGUGGCCAAAAUGUUGUAUAAGUAUUAUUAAAAGUUUAGAUAUGCGAUAUAGUCUGCUAAAUUCAGUAGAAAAAGGCGCGAAAAUCAAAUUUUUGUAAGGGAAAUCGAACCUUUGCGCUUACAUUUUCAAAUCUGCCACCUUUUUCUACUGACAUGAAUAAAGUAAAUUCCUAGUGUUGUAAGACUGAUGCGUAAAUUGUGUAAUGGUAAAAUGAUAUUGGUUUUACAAGUUGUAAAUCAUGUUUU